AUGCACGAGCCUCUCAUACAUUUCACAAGGUGUGUGCUGGCGAAGAACGGCCAGGAGGUAGAAGAGGACCUUUACAUAUCGCAAUCGACAGGUAAGAUCGUCGAAGGAGCGUCUCGAGAUGGUCCCGUUUUCGUUGAGGACCUUGGGGGUCGCAUAGUUGCUCCCGGACUGAUCGAGGUCCAACUGAACGGGGCCAUGGGCUUCAACUUUUCCGAGGUCCCAGAGUCUGACAUUGAGAUGGAAGAAUAUGCGAAGUCAUAUACCAAGACCUGUCAAGGCCUCAUCAAAACGGGGGUGACCUCAUUUCUUCCAACGGUGACCACUGCUCCAUCGGACAUCUUCAAACGCGUUCUACCAUAUCUCGCUCCUAACGGUCACCUAAGAGACCCGUAUGUUGGGUCCGAGUCCUUGGGUGCUCACUGUGAGGGGCCUUUCAUCAGUGCCUCUCGAAAAGGUGCUCAUGUGGAGAAGCAUCUACAGAGCGUGGAAAACGGAUGGGAGAGCAUCCUGCACUUCUAUGGACCGGAGAACUUUCUUCCAAUGCCCUAUGCGUCCGUGAAAGACGAGUUGGCUACCACCCGAGCCGCUACUAUCAAAAAGCUGACCGUGGCCCCCGAGCUCGAGGGCAUGGUUGAUGCGAUAAGGCAUCUUACACAGGAACGCCAAAUUUGCUGCUCCAUUGGCCACACUGCAGCGACGUAUGAAGUCGGCCUUGAGGCUGUCCGAGCCGGAGCCACGAUGAUUACGCAUUUAUUCAAUGCCAUGGAACCCCUACUCCACCGCAGUCCAGGCAUUCCAGGUCUGAUCGGGGCACCCGAGACGGACCUUGAAAACAACAGGCCAUCCUUCGGCUUGAUCGCCGACGACGUUCACGUGUCCCCGAGCUGCGUGAGGACAGCUUGGGCUGUCCACGAGAAAGGCUGCAUCCUGACCACGGAUGGCACGGCUGCGACUGGUAUCGAGCUUCCGGAUGGUGUGUACCCGUGGAAAGCACGACGUCUGGAGAAGAGAGGGAGAAGGAUGUUCUUGGAAGGGACAGAUACCAUUGCUGGAGGAACGACGACUCUGUUGCAGUGUGUAUCGAAUCUCAUUCGUUGGACAGGUAUUGGAGCUGCCCGGGCUCUCGAGACGGUGACGACGAAUCCCGCCCACUUUCUGGGUUGCUCAGAAAGCAAGGGAAAUCUGAGGCCCGGCGCUGAUGCAGACCUGGUCGUUCUUUCUUGGGGAGACGUGGACGGUGCCAGGGAAUUGCAGGUGGAUCAGGUGUGGAAAUUUGGCUGGAAAGUAUAUGACCGAAACCCUUGA